AUGGAACCCAGCAACGAAACAACUGUUUCAGAAUUCCUUCUGCUGGAGGUGACACAGGACGCAGAGCUGCAGCCCGUCCUCUUCAGCCUGUUCCUGUCCAUGUACCUGGUCACCGUCCUGGGAAACCUUCUCAUCCUCCUGGCUGUCAUCUCGGACUCCCACCUCCACACCCCCAUGUACCUCUUCCUCUCCAAUCUCUCCCUCACUGACAUCUGUUUAAGCACAGCCACCGUCCCAAAGAUGCUGGCAAACAUCCGAACACGGAGUCAGAGCAUCACGUAUGCGGGCUGCCUCACCCAGAUGUGCUUCGUUCUGAUUUCUGCUAGUUUGGAGAGCUUCCUUCUUGCAGUCAUGGCUUACGACCGCUACGUGGCCAUCUGUCACCCUCUGAGAUACGCGGUCGUCAUGAAUCCUCGUCUGUGCGGUCUGCUGGUUUCACUGUCCCUGUCCGUCUGCUCCGCGGAUGCCCUGCUCCACAGCCUGAUGGUGUUGAGGCUGUCCUUCUGCGCAGACGUUGAAAUCUCCCUCUUCUUCUGCGAAGUCGUUCAGGUGGUCAAGCUCGCGUGCUCCGAUACCCUCGUCAACACCCUCCUGAUCUAUUUUGCAACUUGCAUCUUAGGUGGCAUUCCUCUGUCUGGCAUCAUUUUUUCUUACACUCGAAUAGCCUCCUCUAUCUUGAAAAUGCCAUCGUCGGGCAGAAAGUAUAAAGCAUUUUCCACCUGUGGGUCUCACCUGUCGGUUGUUUCCUUGUUCUAUGGGACAGGUUUGGGGGUGUAUAUCAGUUCUGCAGUUUCUGACUCUUCAAGGAGGACUGCGGUGGCUUCAGUGAUGUACAUGGUGGUCACUCCCGUAUUGAACCCCUUCAUCUACAGCCUGAGGAACAGGGACAUGAAGGGCGCCCUGAGGAAACUCAUAGGUAGGAUACCUUCUCUUCUCUGA